AUGCUACUCGCUGUUCUUGUUCGAACCCUCCCUUAUCUGCCUUUUUGCUCUGCUGAUGAUCGGCAGGCGCGGGCCUGUUCGGUGCUUUCAUGCUGCGGCACCGACAUCCACAGCACCGACAUCCACAGCACCGACAUCCACAGCACCGACAUCCACGGCACCGACAUCCACGGCAAGGACAUCCCAGUCACCGACAUCCACGGCAAGGACAUCCCAGUCACCGACAUCCACAGCACUGACAUCCAGGGCACCGACAUCCCAGUCACUGACAUCCAGGGCACCGACAUCCACGGCACCGACAUCCCAGUCACCGACAUCCACGGCACCGACAUCCACGGCACCGACAUCCCAGUCACUGACAUCCAGGGCACCGACAUCCACGGCACCGACAUCCCAGUCACCGACAUCCACGGCACCGACAUCCACGGCACCGACAUCCACGGCACCGACAUCCACGGCACCGACAUCCACAGCACCGACAUCCACGGCAAGGACAUCCCAGUCACCGACAUCCACGGCAAGGACAUCCCAGUCACCGACAUCCACGGCACCGACAUCCACGGCACCGACAUCCCAGUCACUGACAUCCAGGGCACCGACAUCCACGGCACCGACAUCCCAGUCACUGACAUCCAGGGCACCGACAUCCACGGCACCGACAUCCCAGUCACCGACAUCCACGGCACAGACAUCCCAGUCACCGACAUCCACGGCACCGACAUCCCAGUCACCGACAUCCACGGCACCGACAUCCACGGCACCAACAUCCACAGCACUGACAUCCAGGGCACCGACAUCCACGGCACCGACAUCCCAGUCACCGACAUCCACGGCACCGACAUCCACGGCACCGACAUCCCAGGCACCGACAUCCACGGCACCGACAUCCCAGUCACCGACAUCCACGGCACCGACAUCCACAGCACCGACAUCCACGGCACCGACAUCCCAGUCACUGACAUCCACGGCACCGACAUCCACGGCACCGACAUCCAGGGCACCGACAUCCACGGCACCGACAUCCCAGUCACCGACAUCCACGGCACCGACAUCCACGGCACCGACAUCCACGGCACCGACAUCCCAGUCACCGACAUCCACGGCACCGACAUCCACAGCACCGACAUCCACGGCACCGACAUCCACAGCACCGACAUCCACGGCACCGACAUCCAGGGCACCGACAUCCACGGCACCUUCCACUCACCCCUGUGAUUCCCUGCAGACCCCCGACCAGUGCUGGCCCACUACUGGCUCAUCGCCUCCAGGCAGAGUGCCCCUCCCCACCCAAAGAGAGAAAACACCACAGCCCACCUUCCCCCAAACCCCAUAUACCCUACUGCCAAAC